AUGGCCCCUCCUCACACCGAAGACACCCUCAUCCAAAGCCAAGGCUCACUCGUCCACAGAGUUGAACAGCUCGACCUCAAGCAUAUCGCACGCAAGCAAGGAAAAUACAUUGUUUUCCCGGAAACCAAGUAUCCCGAGUUGGAAUCUUUUGAGCAUCAUGACCCUGGCCACAAGGCUGAUCCUGCUAAAAAUUCGCUGUAUAAUAACGCGGAAAAGAUCUUUGAUCUGACGCCUCACAUUGGCACGGAAGUCCAUGGUCUGCAGCUGUCGCAAUUGACCGACCAACAGAAAAAUGAUCUGGCUCUUCUUGUCGCCGAAAGAGGUGUAGUCUUUUUCAGGAAUCAAGAUAUUACACCUCAUCAAGGUGUUGAAUUGGGCCGCUACUUUGGCCGUCCUCACAUUCACAACACAUUUGGCCAUCCCGAAGGAUUGCCGGAACUCCACAUUAUUUACUUUGAUGAAAAUUCGUCUACCAAAGGUUAUGAACAUCUUUCUUUUGCCGACAUUUGGCAUACGGAUGUGAGCUACGAAGUGCAGCCCGCUGGUUUGACCUUUCUCAAGAUUGAUACACUCCCUGAGGUGGGCGGCGAUACAUUGUGGGCAUCUGGUUAUGCGGCAUAUGAAAAAUUGUCGCCUGCGUUCCAGAAAUUCUUGGAAGGUCUUGAAGCUGUGCAUUCAGGCCAACAUCAAAUCGAUGAAGCGGUGGCCCAAGGUCGUCCCGUUCGUCGUCGUAUUGUGGAAAGUAUCCAUCCAGUGGUUCGUACGCAUCCCGUCACCGGCUGGAAAUCGUUGUAUGUCCAACCCUACUUUACGCGUCGCAUUGUGGGUCUGUCGCCUAAAGAAUCCACCGCCAUCCUCAACUACCUUUAUCAAUUGAUUGCCACCAGUGCCGAUUUUCAGGUCCGAUUCAAGUGGACCGAAGACAGUGUGGCGGUGUGGGAUAACCGCGUCACCUUCCACAAUGCCAUUUUCGAUUAUCUUGGCAGCGGCAAGCGACAUGGAUGGCGCGUCACCCCGCAGGCUGAAAAACCAUACCUGGAUCCCAAUAGCAAAUCCAAAAAGGAAGCCCUCCAAGAAAAGAAAGCCUAA